AUAGAGCAGCUUCAGCGGCAGAUUAGAAGAUGGACAUAGAGCAGAUGGAAGGCAGCGUAGCCGGUGGCGCCACCGUCGGAGACAGCGGCGCAGCUGCAAUCACUCCGUCUGAUGAAGUGACCCGGUUUAGCAUCUAUUUAUCCCAGAGAUACCAGCACUUGCUCGAUCAGUCUAUGCCGCACCUCCUCUACCGCUGGAUCGCAUUCAUCGCCAUAGCUUUGGUUUACGCAGUGCGAGUAUUACUACUUCAAGGCUUCUUCAUGGUCUCCUACGUCCUCGGAAUCUAUAUCCUUCACCUCCUCAUCGGGUUUCUCUCCCCUCAGAUUGACCCGGAAACUGAAUUUACAAACGGUCCAACCCUACCCACCCGGCAAUCCGACGAUUUCCGCCCCUUCGUUCGUCGUCUCCCCGAGUUCAAACUCUGGUAUUCAAUUACAAAAGCAUUCUGCAUUGCCUUAACGCUGACAUUCUUCAGCAUGUUUAAUGUGCCCGUCUUUUGGCCAAUCCUCCUUUUCUAUUGGGUCGUCUUUUUCAUGCUUAUUAUGAGAAAACAGAUAUUGCACAUGAUCAAAUACAAAUAUUUGCCAUUUUCUUUUGGGAAGCAGCGUUAUGAUGUGAAGAGAGCAGCAUCUUCAAACACUGUUCUAUUGCUUUAAAAUUCAACGUUUGAUGUGAGAAAGCCUGUUAAGGUUGCAAUGUCCUUCAAACUUAUGGCAUGUUGAUACCAGGCGAACCCUUCUGGUGGCAUGCCUGUCUAGCAGUAUUUUGAUUUUGAAUGUAAAGUGUUGAUGUAUGAGCUACACCAAAAGGAUGGAGAAAGGAGCAAGGGAUGAAGAAUAUUGUUCAUGUGUAUUUUGAUACUCUUGGAUUGUGAUUUUGUUAACACAUUGCUUAAGUAUUGUGCUUGUUAAGACAUUCUGGAACUAAACUUUGACUUUACUUAGGACGAGUAAAAUACUAAGCAUGGGGGAGUUUGAUAUGCACAUGUCUUUUAUUUUAUGAUUAUUUGUUGUUUUUACUUGUUUAGUUUGUGAUUUACUCUUUAGAUUUAUUUUAUAG